AUGGCUGAGAGAAAAAGUAGCACCAGUCUCCAUUCAAAGGGAGGUGCAGGAGAGUUCACCAGACAGGUCCAGAGAAAAUUCAGCCGUGCACAGGAGAAGGUUUUACAGAAGUUUGGUAAAUCUGAGGAGACAAGAGAUGCACAGUUUGAAACAUGUGUACAAAACCUCCAAGAUCAGCAGAGUGAUGGACACAGAAUAUACAAGGACCUUAAGGCAUACUUAAAUGCUGUGAGAGUGAUGCGAGAUGCAUCCAGUCGUCUUUUUCAGUCUCUGUUCGAUGCUUAUGAGCUUGGCUGGGAAGGAGCAGAGGACCUUGGGGCUGUUGUCGAGGGAGAAGACCUGCUAUGGAAUGAUUAUGAGGCAAAACUGCGAGAUCAGGCAUUACUCACAAUAGAAUCUUACAUGAGCCAGUUCCCAGAUAUGAGGGAAAGAAUUGCCAAACGAGGCAGAAAACUUGUGGACUAUGAUUUUACUCGCCAUCACCUGGAGUCACUGCAGAAUGCCAAAAAGAGAGAUGACAUCAAGAUAAAUAAGGCUCAGGAAGAGAUGAAAAUGACCAAAUCAAUCUUUGAGGACAUGAACAGGGAAUUGAAAGAGGAGUUGCCCAUUCUCUAUGAUAGUCGCAUUGGAUGUUAUGUAACAGUCUUCCAAGCUGUCUCAAACUUGAGAGAAAUCUUCUAUAAGGAAAUGUCUCAGAAUAACAAGGAUUUACAGAAUAUCAUGAUGAACCUAAAAGUCCAGCAUCCUGACAAGAACUUUGUGGUGAAGAACUUCAGCCGUGGGACACUGAAGAGGAGGUCACUAAAAGAUGCACUGUCUCCCAGAUCACUGAGAGCCAGCUUCUCUGAGCUCCACAUGAGCUACAGUUCUCGAGGUACUCUGAGGAGAGAACAUACUUCCAAUUUCAGGCCUGACAAGGCCCCAUAUGAGCCUAACAGCCCAGGGGUCCUGGCCAGUCCUGCUAGACCAAAGCCCCCAAAGAACACUAAUAGUGAGGUUAAGGAGACAGAUGCAAGUUCCACAAGUGAAGACAUCCCGGAAGCAGAGAAAACACCUUCCACUACACCUGCACCUGUAACAGAUAACACAAAGGCUUCUGAAAGUGUGCACAGCAUGACAAACAAAGAAGCAAAACAAGAGAAUGAAGGUACUGAAAGAGAAGCAAGGGAACCUCUGCCAGCCUCAGAGCAGGAUGGAGAAAGGAUGGGUUUAGAUCAGGAUGGUGACUUGUAUGCAGAGACUGGUGAUGAGAACAAGCUGGAUCUGAACAUAAAUCAUUCUGAAAGAGCUAAUACUCAGGCCUUACCCAGUGAAGAUCAUGAACACAACGUCCAUCUUGAGGAGCUAAAUGAAUCUGGCUCUGGAAUGGAACAUGGAAGAGACACAAAUUGCAAAGCAAAUGUAGAAGGACCUGGAGUCUCUUGCAAGGAAAAUGCCCUAAAGAAUCAAAUACAUGGAAUUAAGGAAGAAACAUUCUGA